CAUAACUUUUGAGAGGUGGGGAAACGGCUGUGGCUUCUCCUUCAGUCUGAGCAGCAGUGGCGAGAAGGACGCGCACCGGGUCACCGAUGGAGAAAUCCAAAAACUUUCGCAUUGACGCACUUUUAGCAGUCGAUACACCCAAGGCGCAGACCUCGCCGCUGGCGCUUGUCACUUCCCUGUCUUCCUCCUCCUCCAUCCCAUCGUCUGGAAGUGUGGCAGCCGCGGAGCUGACCACCAAUGCCGAUUCUUUACGCGCCGACACGCCGUCUCCGCCGAGGAUUCCCACCUGCGGGUUGAUUCCCAAACCGGGCUUCCUCAACAGCCCGCACAGCAUGGUUGGAUUACAUCCACAGAGCACAGCAGGGAUUCCAGCACAGGCUCUCUACGGUCAUCCCAUGUACACCUACUCGGCUGCUGCGCUUACAGGCCAACACCCUGCCCUGUCCUACUCCUAUCCACACGGCUCUCAUCACCACCACACCAGCGAUUCCAUUAAACUGACAGCCAGCACCUUCCAGCUGGACCACUGGCUCCGGGUCUCCACGGCCGGGAUGAUGCUCCCCAAAAUGUCUGACUUUAAUUCUCAGGCGCAGUCCAACUUACUUGGAAAGUGCCGAAGACCAAGAACUGCAUUCACGAGUCAGCAGCUGCUGGAACUGGAGCAUCAGUUCAAAUUGAAUAAGUACCUGUCAAGACCAAAGCGCUUUGAAGUGGCCACCUCCCUCAUGCUGACAGAAACUCAGGUUAAAAUCUGGUUCCAGAACAGACGCAUGAAGUGGAAGAGAAGCAAGAAGGCAAAAGAGCAGGCCGCCCAGGAGGCCGAGAAGCAGAAAGGUUCCAAGGGCGGCCAAGCGAAAUCAGACGGACUCGAACAGUCGGAUUAUCACAGCAAGACGGACUCAAAAAAUGGCAGAAUAAGAGAUUUCAGGGACAGUGACGACGACGAAGGCGAAAAUUUCCUGUACAACUCGUCAGACUGCUCUUCGGACGACGAGAGGAAUCACAACAGUGACAUAAGUCCGCAGCCUUGAAGCUUGGAGCAAAAGGGCGAAGGCGGCGUUUUCCAUUUCUAGUGACUCUGGGGGGGCUUUCGCUGUAAAAUGCAGUUAGAUGCAUGUAAUCCAACCUCUAAUCACCUACUUGGAAUUGUGGAGAUUUUUGUUUUUGUUAUGAAAAUAAUAAAAUGUAGGUCAAGAUUAGACCCUCGUGUCAUAAACAAGCAAUAAAGCAGAAGAUUUGCGGUUUAUAUCGUGCAGCACCCGGCUAUAGGUAAAACUGUGACGUAGCCUAUUGCAUGGUUAUAUGCAAACGCUGUAAACUGGCUCAGGAUUUUGCAAUAUCCACCUGCUGUGAUGGUUAGUUUAUCAGCAAUAAUCUUUCAAUUAUAUCCUAUCCUAUAUCCCUUACACUUAAUAGUGGCUCUUUUAUUUUUGUUCUUUGUGAUGUUUUACUUCCUCGGUGCCAUAUCACACUGGAAAAAUGUUAUGUUUAUUUUUCUAUCUGUAUUUAUAAAACGUACAUAUAAUACAUCUUACUUAUAAUACAUCUGCAUGCUAAAUUAUUGUUUAGCGUCUUCGCAAACAAUGUGAAAUAAAGUGUUUUGGGUUUUUUUUCCUAUAUAAAACUAUUUUCUUUCUUGCAAACGCACUCCCUCUGAUUUAUGAUUUUGCUCGCAGUGUGUUUCCGGACAGAGGCUUGUGUUUUCCUCCUUGCUCUGACAGGUCGGGUCAUGGGAAUUACUGUUAAUAGCGCUGUCAGAUCUGUGCAAACGUGCAGUGUGAGCAAACAGCAAGGAGGCAGUCAGACGGAGGAAACAUUUCACACCACACUAGCAAUGGGCUCGUAUUAAUAAAGCGUUUUAAAGGCGUGUUAAGCGACAAACUUGGCUGCUCAGGCACUAUUUUCAGUACUGAAAUCAUUCAAACUCAUAAACUCAGCUUAACAAAAUAUAAAUAAUUGACUAUUGACCUCACAGGAUGCGCGUUUGUGGAAAAUGGGCAGUAUUGGUGCAAAUAUUUUGAGCAAUAAUAAUUUAAUAAUAAGAAUAUAUUCUAAUCCGUGUAACAUCUAAAUUCCAUGAGCUAACAGCUAUAAAUUGUAAGCAUAGAUCAUAUAUAUAUGUGUGUGUGUGUGUG